AAAUUGUUAUCUGUAUGUAGGUGUCUCCUUUGUAUCAGAGCUCCGCCUUCCCGUCCUACAGACCUUGAACCCAACAUAAUCUGUGUGACAACUUUUACAGUGACAGAGAGACCCAAUCUCUGCCUUAGAUGUGUCGUCCUGGAGGACAAAACCUAACAUUGAGAUAAUCUCAUGAAAUGAGAGCGUAGGAUUUACCCUACGGGACGUGUGCUGAUGACAUCCUCUAGGACCUUCUACACAGAGACACCAAACCCGACAAAAUGCCAGAGGCGGAAGUAUACAAGUCACUUUAAAACUCAGAAAGAUUUCUAUUUGAAAAGCCUCAGUGGAAGACUCUAAUGGAGCCACCGAGAAAAGCCAAGAUGGAAGGUUCUCCUGGUGAAAGGACACCGAAAGUAAAAGGGGUCAAAAAAGACAGGGGUUCCAAUAGGAAAAAAGACAAACAUCCAAAGUCUCCCAAAAAUGAUCAAAAGGUGACAUCUCCGCUCAGACCUGGAGAACCAAAGGGAAGCAAGAGCCCUGAAUUCCAGAAGACGGGAGGGACUCGGGAUGGUGGAGGGACUCGGGAUGGUGGAGGGACUCGGGAUGGUGGAGGGACUCGGGAUGGCGGAGGGACUCGGGAUGGUGGAGGAACCUUACAGAGACAUAGAAAGUUUGACAAGACACAAAGUUUCAGGGUUCUGAUCUUGUCCUGGGAAGUGAGCCGCAAUCCCAUUGACAUUGCAGACCUUUUGAAAGAGGAUGAUAACAUCGACCAUUGCUUGUAUGUCGCUCUUUCCCCGCCUACAAAGGAUAUGGACUGGACAUUGCCCGUGGGCCAAUCCUCCAUUGUCAUCAUCUACACCUCUCCCACAUCAGAGAAACCGCUGUACGAGAUGGGUCGCUACCUGGAAUACUGCGUGGGCAAAAAAGGAACUGAUAAAGUGAUUGUGGUGAUUGGUGAAUCAGAAAAGUUGGAUAAGCAGUGGAUAUCUCUGUGGAAGAAAAACCCAUUUGCCUACAGUAUCAAACCGAUACUCGUCUCAACGGCAGACCUGGACUGGAUCACCAGAAAAGAGAUUCUUCAGGAGAUGCGGGAAAAACUGGUCAAGCUUAAAAUUUCCCUACUGGGCCAUACAGGUCAUGAAAAGAAUCCCGCUGGCAGUAGGGAGAAAAACACACCAGAAAGACAGACCUCAGAAACAGCACAGCCGCAGGAAUAUGAAAAGGUAAUAAAUAAAGACCAUGAAACCCGUCGUGAAGAAAGAGCAGGAGCUAACCGAACAGACAAUGAGGAAAUAAAUCAGACUGUUGGCUUCUUCUCCCGAUCGGCAAGGACAGACAGUGACUGGCUGCAGAGACUUCUAUCCUCCCAAUACUUCCAGAUCACCGUUAUAUACACCAAUGUACCAAAUAGCGAUCAGAAGAAAGUCACAGAAGUGAUCUCCUCCGCUCCCACACUACUUCUCUACUUCACUGAGGAAACUUUCAGGACUUUUUCUUCUCAGCCAGACACAAAAGUGAAGAUCCCUCUUAUUCCUGAUAAGAAGAAGGUGAUUGUGGUGAUUGAUGACCUGGAUGGGAAGAGCUCAGAGAAAGGAAUAAAAGAACUCUAUAAAAAGUCCAGCCUGGGGAAGCGGCCCUCAGACUUGUUCCUGUUCAGGAAAGAGGAGAAGGAAACGGAUUAUCUCACACACCUCAAACGGGAUAAACAGGUCAACAAACAGGCCGAGCAAAGAUGGAACCUUUUCCAAAAUGAGAUCCAUGACCUCGUAAAGCGCCCUUCUCCGCCAACACUGAAACUGGGAACUGUGGGGAUUUUCUCUGGGGGUCGGAGAACCGAUUACAGGUGGCUGCAGUCUUUGCUGAAAUCCCCUAAACUUCAGGACUUGGUGGAUGACGUCACAGCCUUCCAUAUCUCUGAGAAAGGCAUUGAAGGGCCCAUCAACUGCAGCUUUGGUGUUGUGUAUCACCGCCAGAGCCAGGGGGCAGUCCACGUCGUAGAGGAAUAUGACACCAAGAUCAUGGACCAGCUCUCCGCCACGCUCGGGAGGUUCAAUGUUCUGGUGAUCAUCGAUGACGUAGAAAAUGGCAGCUGGAAGGAGAAGGAACGGAUUCUGUACUCUCAGCCCAGGAUACGGAAGUGCGCCCGCAAUCUGCUCCUCAUCACCAAGGAAGAGAAGAAGAAUGAAGAGAAGCUCCUGACUGAGCUGAGGGAGGUUCUCUUUGCCCCCGGAUUGCCAGAAACCGGUACCCUCCAAUCUCCAGAUAUUAACGAGCCACAAAUAAAGGGAGAGGAUCCUGGGACCUCAGACAAUAGGAGUAAUCCUCCUGGCAAAGACAACGAGACUGAAUCGGUUGACAGCGCCAUAGCAGAUAUCGCGGGAAGCCAAGGGACAAGCGAAAGGCAACAAGCUCAAGAUCCCAUGUUACAUCUGCCUCCAGUUCAGUUUGUACCUGAAGAACACAUCCAGAUUGAUAAGAACUGUAAGCUUGGAGUGGGCAGCUUUGGGACGGUGUACAAAGGAUGUUAUCAAGGCACGGCUUCUGCCGUUAAGAAAUUGGAUCUUGAUGAUGAAGACCUCAAUGGCAUAAUGCAUGAAAUCCAAGUGAGCAUGAGACUACAUCACCCCCAUAUUGUGAAGCUCAUGGCAGCCACCAAAACAGACCAACAUAUUCUGCUGGCAACUGAAUAUAUCCACGGGGCAAAUCUGGAUAGAAUCCUUCACAGCACCUCCUGCCCUAUAAAGCUGUCAGAGGAUGACAAAAUGUACGUCAGCCUGGAGAUUAUGUUGGCCGUGGAAUACAUUCAUUCCCAGAAUAUCAUCCACCAAGAUAUCAAACCCGUCAAUAUUCUAGUGGAGGGAAAGACAAAGAAAACUUUCCUAGCGGAUUGGGGCAUGGCCAACAUUCGAGAAACCAUCAGAAACAAUGUGGAAAAGUCAAAGAAAAUUGGACCGAUCGGAGGGACGCUUUUAUACAAAGCCCCCGAAUGCGUCUUGGAAGAUCAAAUACCGCCAACCAAAAUGUCCGACAUUUGGUCCGUUGGAGCAACGUUCCUUGAAGUUUUUACACAGAACAAGCCCUGGACAACGUGCAACGGAAUGUUGAGGAACAUGUUUAACAAAGAACUACCCAAGUCGUUAGCUGCACUAACCGAGAAGCUGCAACCCAUUGUGAAAGAAUGCUUUUCUUAUGAACCCAAAGAACGACCUACUGCUUCUAGAAUGGUCUCUGCGAUUAAAAGUAUGGAAGGGGUGGAUCUUGUAAAACACUAUGGCUAUACAUUCUGAAUAGACUACCCCUCUCUGUGAUAUCUAAUAGAGCAUCAAAUCCCACGUGACUCAAUAUAUACACACAAAUGCAAAGGAACAAAAUCCAGCUCUGCAUUUGCUGUUGGUUCUACAUUUCAGGAUCUCCAAGACAUUUUCUUUGCAUUGUAAACAUUAUAGUCCAUGAUCAUGGAGUAAUCUGGAAAUGCACCUCCCUAUGGAGAACAAUGCAUCUCUCUCUGGAUUGGGUGAUAUUUUCUCCAAUUACGAGAGGUGUUUGGCAAGAGGUUGAAAAUGGAAGUUGGGUGAGAGUUUGUUGGUGGGGGGGGGGGGUGAAGAACAAGGAGGAACUGCCAUCUUUUCUUGAAGAAAAUAAAAGGAUGUCACCAAAAACGUAGAGAUAGACUUCUGCUCCCUCCAUCAUACUCUAUAUGCCACGUUCACCCAGGAGGCUAUUAUUCUACUCCUGUUCUGGGAGAUACAGUUUUAUGUCUUAGGGGCAUCCUAACCAUGCCAUCAGAGUUGUGGGAGUUAUAACCGAAAUGUGGAAAAGGAGAAGAGGAGGUGGUACAGAGGAAGUCAAAUGAGACUUAUACUUUUGUGGACGCCCAGCAGCGGUGGUGUCCUGCACCGCUCUAAUCUCCAUAGAAAGAUUCAUGCAUUACUGAUCGAUUAUCAGCGCAGCCCCCCUGAGGAUGCCCUCACUGGACCACCAGG